AUGCCUCAGUGUACGCGCUCAUCGUCCCGUGUCAGAUCAAAGCCAUCACCAUCCUCCUCCCUGCCUUCCCCAGCAGCCACCCGCACAUCUCCUCACGCCCCAACGUAUAUUAACCUGCCUCGUGCCUCCUCGGAAUCGGCCAUCGCCUCUGUUUCUUCUCCGUCUCUCCUCAAACUUCCUCUGUCGCACACCUCCUUCCUGGCUGGCCUCCAGCCACCUGCCACCGCACCCUGGUCUUCUUCCGAGCCCGAGGCAUACCUCGAGUGGGUUCCUGCUUGGUGGCACGACGAGUCUCAUGCAGAGCACAAGCUCGCCGCGAUUGACAAGAAGAGCGAGAACGAGUGGGACUAUUUGGAAUCCGCCUGGCUGGACAAUUCGCGCAGCAAGUCGCUUGGGAGGAGGCGCUUUACGACGUCGCAGCUGCAGUUGUUGGAAGUACAGUGGAGUUUGGAUACAUGUCCCGAAAAGGUAGAACGGCAGAGGUUGGCAAGAUAUAUGGGAACCAAGACCAAGCACGUCAACAUCUGGUUUCAAAACCGCCGGCAGUAUACCAAGAAAGCUCAGACUGGUGGCGAAGAUCCUCAGCCCGCCUAUCUUGCGGUAGAGGGUCGGGUUCAGCCUACAUCCGCAAUGAAGAGUAUCGUCCAGAUGAUUGUUUCUGGCCAGCUCCAUCGCGACAAUUGCCUGGCUAUGGCAGCUGGUAACCUCGAGACAGCUACGUCCAGGCCCGACCGCUCUGCCCGCCGAAAACCCCUUCGCCUGGCUUUAACCGCUCCCACGCCCGAUCCCACAAUCGAUCUUGGUAUCUCCGUGUCCGUUGUCAGCAAUAGCAGCUCUCUCUCUGCCAAACACCACAAGCGCUCCCGGAAUCUCGAAGAGACAAGUUCGAACGAGGACCCUCGGAUUCCGGUUCCCAAGAGACCUCGAGAGGAUGCGACGAGCUUUGGCAAGCAGAACGUCGACAGCAAGCCCCUUGGGGAGAUACGUCCAGCUGCCGGGUACUCGCCUGCCAGCUCCGCCAACCGCUUUUCGAGUAUGACCCACGACGCGCAUAGCCCCACAUCGCAACGCUCCUUCGCACACUCUGUGACUUUUGAUGACGACCGCCGCCCCCUCUCUGCUGCGCUUCCUAUCACCUCUACUUAUUUCAGACCGUCGAUUUGUAGCCCUCCGACCUUGUCUCAAGGAAGCUCCAGCGCAUCUUCUACCGGAAGCUUUACUUUUGAGCAGAUGGUUUCAGUGCCCCGAGCUUGGUCAUGGAGCGAGGCGGUGCCUACGACGUCUAUGCGGAGGGGGGUGGGGCAUGAAGAAAUGCUCAAAGACGAGGAUGACGGAUACGACACAGUGCGAGAGGUCUGGGACAUACUGGAUGCUGCAGAUAUUCUGUUGAACAUGGGAAGGAGAGCGAGCGUGUGCUGA